UCGAGGCCGGUCUCUGCCCUACAUGUGGCAGCAUGUGAGAGCGAGAAAAUCGGAAUAUCCGAUACGGAGACUGACACUGGUACCCGCGGACGCGCCGAUCUCCCCGGGCAGAGAGAGUACCCGGAGCCUGUGGCUGACUAGCAUAUCGCAUCAGUCGAAAUCACAGCGCAUAGGAGCAGCGCAUUCAGUUGCACGGUGCCACCCCUUCGUUAUCCGAUACGAUCGCUGCUGUAAAAGAUUUAAAAUCUGAAAAUAAACGAGCCAAGAUGACAGAGGAUCUGGAACGCAUUCUCUCUCAACUCACGCAGCCUGACAACGCCGUUAUUCAACAGGCGACAGCUCAGAUGAAGCUAGCUUUCAAAGACCCAGCGGUGAUUCCGGCUUUGUGUGCGGUCAUGACGAGUUCCCAAAACCCGCAGGUCCGCCAGUCAGCUGCUGUGAUGCUGAGGAUGAGGGUGAUGAAGCACUGGAAGAAGAUCAGCCCAGACCACAGAGAGAGUCUGAAGGCUGUGGUCCUACAAGCGUUCCAGCAGGAGACCGAGCACACGGUUCGGCACUCUCUGUCCCAGCUCAGCGCCGUGCUGGUCAAGCAUGAGACUCCAGACCGCUGGCCUGCGCUGCUCACCCUGCUGAACCAGUCCACCAAGAGCGACAACCCGCAGGACCGACAGGUGGGCCUGCUGCUGCUCAGCAAGGUGGUGGCGUCAAACCCAGAGCCGUUCAAGCCCUACUACCGGCAGCUGCUGGAGCUGUUCGGAGCCGUGCUUCAAGACGUCAGCAACCCCAGCGCUCUCUACUACUGCAUCCUCACGCUGACCGCCAUCACUGCCUACACCGGCUCCGAGGAGAUGAAUCUGAUGCGCUCCCUCACCCCAAAGCUGAUUGUUGCCAUGAAGCACCUCAUCAAGGCAGACCAGGACCAGGCCAGCGAGGCAAUGGAGGUGUUCGAUGAGCUCAUGGAGAGCGAAGUGUCCAUCGUUGUUCCCCACAUCGCUGAAAUCGUGCAUUUCUGCCUGGAGAUCAGUGCAGACACAUCUCUCAGUGACUCCAUGCGUGUUAAAGCUCUCUCCUGCAUUGCUCUUCUCGUCAGACUUAAGAGCAAGGUGGUGUUAAAGCAGAAACUGUUGAGCCCCAUCCUGCAGACAGUGUUCCCCAUUCUGAGUGCAUCGCCCCCUCCUGGCCAGGAGGACCCAGAGGAUCAGGAGCAGGAAGGGGAUGAUGAUGAAGACAGUGAAACCCCCAAACACUUUGCAGCUCAGGUUAUAGACACCCUGGCUCUACACAUGCCCCCGGAGAAACUUUUCCACCAGCUGAUGCCCCUGACGCAGGCCUGCCUGGCCAGCGCAAACCCCUACGAGAGGAAGGGCGGCCUCAUGUGCCUCGCGGUGCUGGCCGAAGGCUGUGCUGACCACAUCCGCACAAAGAUGCUGUCAUCCAUGCUGCAGACGGUGUGUCGGAGUCUCUCAGAUGAAAACCAGGUGGUGCGCAGUGCUGCCCUCUUCGCCCUGGGUCAGUUCUCUGAGCACCUGCAGCCAGAUGUCAGUAAGUACUGCUCUGAGCUGAUGCCUUUGUUGCUGGGAUACCUGUCUGGGCUGAACCAUGCCAAGACUGGCCACAUCACCAAGGCUUUCUACGCACUGGAGAACUUCCUGGAGAACCUGGGUGAUGAGAUCCAGCCCUACCUGCCCACCCUCAUGGAGUCCAUGCUGGCUGCGCUGACCAACUCGGACAACCUGAAGAUCAAGGAGCUGGCAGUCAGUGCGAUUGGCGCCAUCGCCAAUGCAGCGAAGGAGAUGCUGGUGCCGUACUUCCCCCCAGUGAUUGACAGCCUGAAGGGCUUCCUGACGGAUAUACGAGAGGAAGUGAGGUCACUGCAGACACAGGCUUUGGACACUCUGUCGGUGCUGGCUCGUACAGUGGGUAAAGAUGUGUUCAGCCCCCUGGCAGCAGAGUGUGUGCAGCUGGGACUCAACCUCACUGACGCUGUGGACGACCCUGACCUGCGCCGCUGCACGUACAGCCUGUUCUCUGCUGUGUCCACAGUCAGUCCAGAGUGUCUGACUCCUCACCUCUCUGCCAUCACCACCAUCAUGCUGCUGUCCCUGAAGUCAACAGAGGGAGUCACGACGCACCUUGAAGAGGACAAGCAGUUCGUUCUGCUGGACGAUGAAGAUGAUGAUGAAGACGAAGGGGGAGAUGCGGUGUUGGACGAGGAUGGAGAGAAUGACGGAGAGGACAGAGAUGUUGCUGGGUUCAGUGUAGAGAAUGCUUACAUCGAUGAGAAAGAAGAUGCCUGUGACGCUUUGGGAGAGCUGGCCUUUAAUACUGGGGUUGCCUUCCUGCCCUUCCUGGAGUCCAGUUUCCAGCAGGUGUUUGAGCUGCGUGACUUCCCCCACGAGGACGUGCGCAGGGCCGCCUUCGGGGCCAUGGGGCAGUUCUGCAGAGCACAGCACAAAGUGUGGCAGGAGAAUCCCACGGAGGAGAACCACCAGGCCCUGCAGAAGCUGCUGUCUGUGGUCCUGCCCAGCUUCCUGGAGUCCGUACGGCAGGAGAGGGAGAGGCAUGUGGUUAUGGCUGUGCUAGAGUCAAUGAAUGCAGUUAUCAAGUCCUGCCAGGGGGAGGCGCUGCAGAUACCUGGCAGACUGCAGGAGAUCAGCCACGCCAUCCGUGACGUACUCAAAAAGAAGACGGUCUGUCAGGAUGCAGGUGGGGAUGAGGGUGACGAUGACGAGCAGCAGGCAGAGUACGACGCCAUGCUGCAGGAGUUCGCGGGAGAGGGCAUCCCCCUGCUGGCGUCCGCUGUUCCCGCCGAAACCUUCUACCCCUUCCUCAACGAGCUGCUGCCCCUCAUCAUGAACAAGGCAAAGUCCUCCUGCACGGUAGCAGACCGCUCCUUCUCGCUGGGCACACUGGCAGAGAUCCUGCAGUCGCUGGCGGGCGUGGCCGGCGGGAGGAAGGUCGCCGGGAGGCUGUCCAAUCGGCUGCUGCCGGUGCUGGCGGCGGGGGUGAGGGACAGCGACGCGGAGGUGCGCAACAACAGCGUGUUCGGGCUGGGCUCGCUAGCCGAGGCCGCGGGACCCAUCCUCACGCCAGAUUACCCCAUGAUGCUCUCCCUCUUCUCCUCCCUCAUGUCCAAAGAGUCGGACAGGAGGGUGAUUGACAACGUGUGUGCUGCUCUCUGCCGGAUGAUCAUGAGCAACACAGAGUGUGUCCCCCUAGAGCAGGUGUUCCCUGCCCUUGUCUCUCGCCUGCCUCUGCAAGAGGACAUGGAGGAAAACAAGACGGUGUUCAAAUGCCUAACCUUCCUGUACUCCCAUAAUCCCUCACUGGUUGUGAGUCAUAUGAAGCCCAUAGUGUCUGCCUCCAGUCAUGUCCUGGGCACCAAAGACAUCGAUACAGAAACCCAGAAUACCUUGCUCCUGUUGGUGAGACAAAUUGCCCAGCAGCACACUCAGGAAUUUCAGGGCGCUGUGAUGUCACUCCCAGCCGAACAGAGAGCCACUCUGUCAGCAGCUGUCACCCAGUCGUAGUCCCUCCCCCCACAGCUCCUCCUCUUCUCAAAGAAGGCCAAUGACAUUGAUGGGGGGCGGAGUUUCUCAUUAUGGACAGAAGGAUAGGAGGACUUGUCCACUGCCAGCCACUACAAUAAGCCACAUGCAUUUAAACGUCAGCACUUAAUGCAUCAUGUUAUACUGUAAUUCAGAUAUUGCCCAUCUAUUCAGUUGUGUUUACUGUCUUUUUAAGUUUUUUCUUGUUAAAGUUAUCAAUGAUUGCUAUGGAUUGUUAUUAAUGUUACAAUUUGCAGUGUUUGUAAGCAGACCGGACAGGUGUGGAGUGUUUGCUCAAAUGGGAGGGUAGUUGAAGGUAGCUGUAACCUGUCAGUACUGUCCAAAUCCUCUUAUUUCCGCUGCCCUAUGUGUCACACAGUGACUCAUGUCCUCUGGCUCAACAAGAUCUCUGAACCAAUGAACUCUGCUGAAAAUAAAGGCGUUUUUGAGA